ACUCCAUCUUCUUCUUCUUCUACUUCCCCCUCUCUCUCUCUCUAAAACCCACCAUUUUAUCCCUUUUUCAUGCUCUAGGUUCUAAACCCACCAACAUGUUAUCAGAAGAUAACAUUAGUGUUUGGAUGGCGGACCAGAGAGAGAACCAAAUUAACACCACCACCACCAUUAAUGGCAACAAUGGAGGAGAUGAAAUUGGAGUCAAUUCUCUAACUUCCUUCAAAUCGAUGCUUGAAAUUGAAGAAAACAACGACAACAAUUGGUACUUGACGCAGCAUAAUCACCAUGAAAAUAACCUCCCUUUUUCUCCACAGAAUCUAAUUUUACGGUCGGUUGAAGGUUCAUCAUCUUGUUCCCCUAAUUCCGUUUCACUUUUCCAAAAUUUGGAUCCAAAUCACGCCCAAUUUUUCAUGCCUCCAAAACCCACAAUUUCCUCAUUUUUAAACACCGUUUCUGACAACCCUCUAGAUUCGAGCUUCGAUAUUGAAGCAGGUUUUCUCGCUAUCAACACUGGAAAUGAAGAUUUACCUGAAUUUGGUGAAUUGGGUUCUCAUAACCAAAUGGGUAUUUCGAAUUUAAGCUCCGAUGUCCAUUUUUCAACGACCCAUUUGCCUCAACCCGCUGGAAACGGGUACGGAUCGUCAUCGUUUCUUAAACCUUUGGAGAAUUUGGGUUCAACUGGAGCACAACCAACUUUGUUUCAAAAACGAGCGAGAAGGAAUUCAAGCGAUACAAAUAACGGUGGAGGUGAUUUGGGGGUUUUAGAUGAAGGAAUUAUCAAUGAGAAUAAAAGGAAGAGAAGUAAUGGAAGCUGGGAAGAUGUUGAAAACAUGAGUUUUGAUGGGUCUGGUCUGAAUUACGAUUCAGAUGACUUCACUGAAAACACUGAUUAUAAAUUUGAAGAAAAUGGAGUUAAAAUCGGUGGUGGGAGUACUUCCAAUGGCAACAGUACAAUCACCGGCGGUGGCGGAGAUGAUCGGAAAGGGAAGAAAAAAGGGUUGCCGGCGAAGAAUUUGAUGGCGGAAAGACGACGGAGGAAGAAGCUGAAUGAUAGGCUUUACAUGCUUAGGUCUGUGGUACCAAAGAUUAGCAAGAUGGAUAGGGCUUCGAUUCUUGGCGAUGCAAUCGAGUAUCUGAAAGAGCUUUUGCAAAGAAUCAAUGAACUUAAUCAUGAAUUGGAGUCGACCCCAUCAAGCUCUUCAUUGGUGCCUGCUGCCGCCACUGCUGCUGCCACCGGCUUCUAUCCGUUAACCCCGACUGCAACCACGAUCCCGUCAUGCAUCAAAGAAGAGGCUUUUCCCAGCGCGUUGCUUAGCCCAACUGGACAGCCUAUUAGGAUUGAGGUGAGGCAAAGAGAAGGAAAAGCGGUGAAUAUACACAUGUUCUGCAGUAGGAGGCCGGGUCUGUUGCUUUCGAUCAUGAGGACUCUUGAUACUCUAGGUUUGGACAUCCAACAAGCGGUUAUCAGCUGUUUUAAUGGAUUCGCACUCGAUGUUUUCCGAGCUGAGCAAUGCCAUGAAGGGCAAGAUGUGCACCCUGAUCAAAUCAAGGCGAUGCUACUGGAAUCGGCCGGCUACCAUGGUGUGGCUUAGUCAAGGAACAAGAUGAAACGAUCGGUGGCUUCUAGUAGUAUUAGUUUCUUCUCAAGUUAAAAAACUGUGUUCCUUUUGUCUUCUUGUUGAUGCUGUCAGAAUUGUGUAGGAAGUGAAAUUGAUGGAUGGAAAACUUGCAUGCACAACUUGUAGUUUUUGGUUGAAAUGAAUGUUGCUUUUGAUGUA